AUGGGUUUGUUCGAUAAAGUUAAGAAGGCGUUUGAUGACAAUAAGGGUGGAGAUGAUGCCAAUAAUAAUGACAAUGACUAUAUCAAAAAGGCUGAAGGCUACUUAGGAGAGGAACGUGUAAACCAAUUCAAAAGUAAAAUUGGUGAAGACAAUUUCGAUAAACUAGAGAAUACGGUUAGAAAUCAAUUCUCAAAAACCUCGAUAGACGACAGCGACAAGAAGAAUAACACCUCUUACAGCAAUGAUAACUAUGGAGACGACUCCUACGGUUCCUCAAACAAGAACCAGUCCUCUUAUGGAGACGACUCUUAUGGAUCUUCCAAUAAGAACUCUUACGGAGACGACUCCUACGGUUCCUCAAACAAGAACAAGUCCUCUUACGGAGAUGAUUCUUACGGAUCUUCCAAUAAGAACUCUUAUGGUGACGACUCUUAUGGCUCAUCUAACAAGAACAAGUCCUCUUACGGAGAUGACUCCUACGGUUCCUCAAACAAGAACAAGUCCUCUUACGGAGAUGAUUCUUAUGGAUCAUCUAACAAGAACUCUUACGGAGAUGACUCCUACGGUUCCUCAAACAAGAACAAGAACUCUUACGGAGACGACUCUUAUGGAUCUUCCAAUAAGAACAAGUCCUCUUACGGAGACGACUCCUAUGGCUCAUCUAACAAGAACAAGUCCUCUUACGGAGAUGAUUCUUACGGAUCCUCCAAUAAGAACUCUUAUGGUGACGACUCCUAUGGCUCAUCUAACAAGAACUCUUAUGGUGACGACUCUUAUGGAUCUUCCAAUAAGAACAAGUCCUCUUAUGGUGACGACUCCUAUGGCUCAUCUAACAAGAACUCUUAUGGUGACGACUCUUAUGGCUCAUCUAACAAGAACUCUUAUGGUGACGACUCUUAUGGAUCUUCCAAUAAGAACAGGUCCUCUUACGGAGACGACUCUUAUGGCUCAUCUAACAAGAACAAGUCCUCUUAUGGUGACGACUCCUAUGAAUCUUCCAACAAGAACAAGUCCUCUUACGGAGACGACUCUUAUGGAUCAUCUAACAAGAACAAGUCCUCUUACGGAGAUGAUUCUUACGGAUCCUCCAAUAAGAACUCUUAUGGUGACGACACUUAUGGCUCAUCUAACAAGAACUCUUAUGGUGACGACUCUUAUGGAUCUUCCAAUAAGAACAAGUCCUCUUAUGGUGACGACUCCUAUGGCUCAUCUAACAAGAACUCUUAUGGUGACGACUCUUAUGGAUCUUCCAAUAAGAACAAGUCCUCUUAUGGUGACGACUCCUAUGAAUCUUCCAACAAGAACAAGUCCUCUUACGGAGACGACUCUUAUGGAUCUUCCAAUAAGAACAGGUCCUCUUACGGAGACGACUCUUAUGGCUCAUCUAACAAGAACAACUCCUCUUAUGGUGACGACUCCUAUGGCUCAUCUAACAAGAACUCUUAUGGUGACGACUCCUAUGGCUCAUCUAACAAGAACUCUUACGGAGACGACUCUUAUGGAUCUUCCAAUAAGAACAAGUCCUCUUAUGGUGACGACUCCUAUGGCUCAUCUAACAAGAACUCUUAUGGUGACGACUCUUAUGGGUCAUCUAACAAGAACAAGAACUCUUACGGAGACGACUCUUAUGGAUCUUCCAAUAAGAACAAGUCCUCUUAUGGUGACGACUCCUAUGGCUCAUCUAACAAGAACUCUUAUGGUGACGACUCUUAUGGGUCAUCUAACAAGAACAAGAACUCUUACGGAGACGACUCUUAUGGAUCUUCCAAUAAGAACAAGUCCUCUUAUGGUGACGACUCCUAUGGCUCAUCUAACAAGAACAAGUCCUCUUACGGAGAUGACUCCUACGGUUCCUCAAACAAGAACAAGUCCUCUUACGGAGACAACUCUUACGGAGACAAUUCAUAUGGAUCAAACAGGAACUCCUACGGCAAUGAUAACUAUGGCUCUAAUCAAGAUUCUAAUAAUCGUUACUAA